GUAGCUUGCCUUGCUGUGUAGCCUACUGUAAUGAGAGUUGAGAGAGAUCCAUUCCACGUUAAACCGACAGAAAUAACUGUAAAUGGACCGUGGAGGAAGAGGACGUGGAGGAAGGGGGAGGCGAGGUAAUCGUGUAGAGGACAAGGAUGUCCGCCUCUCCAAGUCUUUGUCCUUUGCCCUGCGCCAUGGAGCCAAUCAAAUGGGACUUCACAUGAAUCCUGAUGGCUUCCUAUUUGUGGAGGACCUACUGGCUCAUGCACAGUUCCACGCCUUCUCAUUGGAGGAUGUGGAGAGAGUUGUGGCCACCAAUGACAAGCAGCGAUUCAAGCUCCGCCCUCACCCUGAGAACCGACGGCUGCAGAUCCGAGCCAAUCAGGGACACUCUGUGCAGGUGUGUGAUCUGGACCUGAAGGCUGUACAGCCUGGUUCUCCUGAUUGUCCCAGGGAGGGAAUCCAUGGCUCCUAUCUCCGCCUCUGGCCCUCCAUCCGCUCCGAGGGCCUCAGCCGCAUGAACAGAACACACAUACACCUGGCCCAGGGCCUACCGGGGGAGGACGGGGUCAUCAGCGGCAUGAGGAGAGACUGUGACUUGGCCAUAUUCAUUGACGUCCCCAAAGCAUUGUCUGAGGGUAUCCAGUUCUUCUGGUCGGAGAACGGUGUAUUGCUGACACCUGGGGACAUUGAGGGGAAACUACUUCCCCGAUACUUCAGCCGUGCCCUAAAACUAAUACCCACACAAAUCUUCUGUUUCAGAGAGUAUUCUGCCACUGGAGUAGGUGAAGAGGGUUAUCUGUGCUUUGGAGGUAAAGACUUGGCUGAAUUUGUCACCAGACGGCUGUUUAUUUCCAGUUCUGUCUAGACUGUUUCCAUGGUAACCAAUACUGUUCGGGACCAGAACCCUGAAGACUCUGGGUGAAUAAGACUGAGACUGAAAACACCCUCAACAACAGCUCUAAUACCAUACAGGACACAGUACAGGCACAGAGACUUACUGGUAUUCCUGAUAAUAUUGUCACAUGACAAAGAUACAGAGGAUGCUAUCAGAUGGGAACCAGCAGGCACAAGCUGUGGGUUUGCCAACGGACAGUCUCAACUGCUCCACAGAGACACACACACUGCCUGCGGCUUCAUGUGCCGUCAGUCACAAUUCAGGAAACUCUGCCACUCUUAAGGACACAACCAUUAAGCCAAAUGCCUCAUCUGGAAAUUAAAACACCUGUCACUGUUUUAUAUAUGUCAAUAAACAUAUUUAAUUCUGGAAUUCUGGACUAUA